AUGGAAGAACGCAUUAACAGCCAUCUUGAAGUUCGCGCAGCGUUAGUCGCCGGUGCUCAAAGGUUGCAAGCUGCCCUCCUCAUCGAACUCGCGGCUGAGAAGGCUCUUUCAGCUGCCGAACGUGCAGAGACCCUUCAGCGCAUAUGGCCAACGAUCCAAGGAGCAAACAAAGAUUGCCCUACUUAUGCUAUGAUAGACAAAUCACACAUUCUUUUCGUGAAUACCAACAAGCCUAUGUUGAGAGCAGGGAAAGGCGCUGUGCAACGAAGGCCAACUCUAAGCCUAUACGCAGAAGAGCUACAAGCUUUAUAUGCUGACGCGGAGAAAUUCACUGUUCCCCCUUCAACAGAUGCCAAACAGCUUAUCGAUGUACACGGCCCUGAAAAUACCUCUUCAUUCAUACGCGAGACGAUCACUAAACGCACCGGUUGGACUCAAUUCGGAGAUGGAGACAAUUUGUUCCUGCUAGGCAUACACUCCCUGCAAGCACUCCUCAUCACACUAUCUUCGCUCGCCAGUGCAAUAUCAGAGCUCUCGGCCAUGAGUCGGCAAUCACAGAUUUUUUAUCAGCAGGCACGUCAGCAAGUGAUUGAUGCGAUCUUUCAGGAGCACAAAAAUUCGAUCGACAACCUCGUGAACGACUUGCAGACAGAACCAACUAAGUCAAGUGCCGCUCGGAUUGCGGGAAACAAGAACCAUACCGUGAUUUUGACUGGGUCAACAGGUGCAUUGGGUUUAUAUCUGCUCCAGGUGCUCUCCAAUUCCUCAUCUGUAUCGCAUGACUACCGUCUAGAUAGAGCGUUGGAUUCUUCAUCUACUCGAUCACAGCGAAACAAUAUCCGCAGGACCACGAGUGAUUAUCCCUCAAAUCGAGUGACCUUCUUGACUGCAGACAUGUCGCAACAGAAUUUCGGCCUCGAGCGUAAGACGUACGGGGCUUUGUUGACUCAAGCCACUGCGGUCAUCCACAGUGCGUGGCCCGUCAAACUCAACCUCCCAUUGUCUGCGUUCGGGCCGCAACUUCUUGGAAUAACUCGGCUUUCCGAGUUCGCUGUCUCAGCAGCUCACUUUCCAGUUGCCUUCUUCGUCUCUUCCAUAAGCUCCGUCCUUGGCUACCACGGCAGUACCCCUUCGAUCCGCGAGGAGAUCAUCUCAGACAACAAAGCCCCAUCACCCAUGGGAUACGGAGAAAGUAAGUAUCUCGCGGAGCUCCUUCUCGACUAUGCCUCCAAGAGACUCUCCAUCGAUCCUCGCAUCGCGCGGGUCGGGCAAAUCGCAGGGCCAGUAAAAGGCCAAGGCAUCUGGAACUACCAAGACAAGAUCGACUCGGUUCCUAUUGAUCUUCUUGCCGAGGUGCUUGUGGAUUUGACUGUCAAUGCUGAACUGCAGGAGGCUCCGACGCUACUACAACCUGAGGAACCCGGCAAAGCACGUGUCUUUCAUCCGUUGAAUCCACAUCCUGUAGCUUGGGAAUCCCUCCUUCCAGCCAUUGUCAACACCCUCAGUCAUUCAAAUGCCAGAACAAAUAAGAUCAACACAGUGCCAUUCCAAGCUUGGCUCCAGAAAGUUCGCGCAGAUGCUGAAGCGGUCGGCAGUGCAGACAUUGAGGCGAUGCUCAAAGUUAACCCAGCGGCUAAGCUGCUGGUGUUCUAUGAGAAGCUUGCUGAGGAAGGCAAAAACCUGGAGUUUGAGACACCGAAGACCGAGGAGGCAAGUUCGAAGAUGAGGGUUACUGGAGAAAUACAGCCCGGGUGCAUUGAGCGCUGGGUAGGGGCAUGGUUUGCUAUUGGCAAGGAAAGGGCACUCGGAAGCGCCUGGUGA